CGAUACUUUAAAGAAGUCAUAAAAAUGGAAACUGAUGAAAAGCACUUAAGUUUAGUUUCUGGUCCACCGAAAACAUUUAAUGUCGUUCAGAUUUUAAAGCUUUUACUCAAGAAAAGUGGAUAUGAGAAUAACGACAAUACUAAUACUGAUGAGAAGGAUGACCCUGUGUUUAUGUGUCCAUCUGAAUACAUAAAGCAAAUGAUUAUGACAACAGAAAAAAGAACAGAUUUUUUGUUAAAAAUUGGGCGCAAAUUUGACCUUAAAGCGUCAAUAAAAGAACAGAAGAUAAAUUCUUUCAAAGCAAUACCCAGCAUAGUUAUUUUUCAACGAUUUGAACCAGGUGCUACCUAUAAUGUCAAUUUACUUAUUAGGAAUGUAUCUAAGAUUUCACAGUAUUUAAGAAUGAUUUGUGAACGCAAUCCAACAUUUAAAAUUGAAUUUAAAGGAAGCAUAUUAAACACGCGAUUAGCUCCAGGAAUGGCAUUAGCAUACAACAUUAAGUUUUGUCCAGAGGAGAAAAGAGAUUACGAAUAUGAAGCUACUUUUGUAUCUGAUCGCGAAGUUUUUAGAGUACCUAUUAUAGCCAUUGGUCCUAGGGCCAUUUUGGACUUUCCUGAUCAGAUCGAGAUUCCAACAACAGCUGUAAAAAUUUUAUCGUCAAAAACUCUUUUGGUUCGAAAUAUUGGACACGUUCCAGCCAUUUUCAGUCUUUAUACAGAAGAUCCCAGGUUCAGUAUCGCUCCAUCGCAGGGAAUGAUAGAAGAAGAGGAAAUGAUCCAAUUCACUUUGAGUUUUCUCUCGAACAAGAUAGGAAAUUUCGAGUCGAAGCUUUUUCUUAAAUACGAAUCAGGAGAGAUCGUUCGUCUUGACUUGCAAGCUUCGGCAGUGAACUCUAAUAUAAGACUGGAAAGAGGAUGUCUUAAAAUGGAAGACACGUAUCUCAGUAUGUCAAAGUCCAAACCCCUCACAAUACACAACAAAAGUGACCAUAUCGUCAAGUUUUCUUGGAUGAAAUACAAGGAUAGCGAGGAGGAUGAAAAAAGAAGAGAAAAGUACAAGCAUAUUUUUAAUCAAAUAAAAAAUAUUGAAAUGAUUCGAUGUGUCGAUCUGGUUCAUUAUAACAUUUGUGUUCCUGAAGCACACUCUCUAAUUUGUCAAAGAAUCUACGCUGAUGAAAUUACCUCUUUAACUAAUGAGAAAUUCUUUUACCAUAACUGCAAUUUUGUUCUGGAACCAACGGAGGGUGAGAUUUGGCCACAGGGUUCAACAGAUGUAAUGGUUUUCUUUCAACCAGAUGAAAUUGGUGAAACAUCAAGCACAGCCUAUUUAGAAAUCACGGGUCGAGAAAAUAGACUCCCUUUAAGUCUGAGUGGAGUCUGCAUCGGUCCAAAUAUACAAUUUACCACUGUUACUCUCGAUAUUGGAAGUAUAUGUUUAUGUUCUUCUCAUAACUAUGAGGUAAUGUGUACUAAUCAGGGUUUUAUUCCUGGUACAAUGGUGCACAAACCAAAAUCUUCAGAUUUUGGAGGCCUAAUUACAAUUGAACCUCUACAAUUGAAAUUGCAACCUGGUGACUUUAAAUUAUUGUCUAUUUCAUUUUCUUCGAAUCGCAAAGGAGAUUUCGUCGAAAGGAUUGAUUUUGUGAUCAAAGAGAGUCUGGAAGUAGUUUCUUUGUAUAUAAAAGGAUGUGUUGUCUGUCCCAUUCUUCGCUUUGAUCGGGACAGUUUGGACUUUGGGAUCACAGCACUAGGUUGGUUUACGAACAAGCAGGAUUUGUGCCUUAAGAAUCAUUCCACGGUGUCUGUAUCAUUCAACAUGAGUGUUCCAGACGACGGAUAUGAGCCAGCUGUCACAUUCGAGGACUUUUCAGCGUCGCGAACAAAGCCUACCUUUCCUUGUCACCCCAAAGAGUUUAUCAUCACCCCUGUGGAAGGAGUUGUUUCUGCUAACAGCUCUUUAAAAAUAGAAAUUUCGUACACGCCUAAUAUUGCACGAUCAGGAAAAACAUCUCUUCGUCUCGAAAUGUGGGAUUCAGAAUCGGAAGCAAUACUUUUGCCAAUUAUUUAUUCUGGAAAAAUAGCUGAUUUGGCAGUCCAACCUCCUGAAGUUACGAUUGGAUUUUGUUUCAUUAAUCUUCCAUAUAGGCAAAAUAUAUCUAUCGAAAAUAAAUCAAAUAUCGACGGAUACUUUUAUAUCAUUCCACAAUCUGUACGUAUAUGCAAAUUGAUGGAAUACUCGAUGAUAAUUGAUCAAGGGUACUUGAAGCCGGGCCAGGCAAAAAUGAUAUCAAUGACUGUCAUCGCCAGAAGCUUAGGCAAACAAGAAAUACCGAUUAUGAUGUUACCAUUAGGCGGAAGAUUACCCAUUACAUGUUGCAACCUUAUUUGCAACGGUCAAGGUCCUGUUGUUUCUGUUGAUUCUACCCACUUAGAUUGGGGAAAUCUAACACUUCUUCGAACAAAAUCUCUAGAAUUAAGCGUCAACAAUGAUUCUCCAAUUCCAGCGGAAUUUACAACAUCUUUGGUAGUGACAAGUGGACAGUUUGUCCCUGAGCAUGCUCAGUGUCGGCUCAUUGUCGGCCUCUUCGUGAUGUCGAUUUGUAUCCGCAUAACUUUCGAGAUACUGCUAGCGUUUACAGUAUUUAGUGUCCAGGCCGCCUUGGCAGCCACGGUUUUUAUGGUGACAUGGAGGGGCUCCAAACCUAUUAGUGCCCCCAGGGCCAUUGUGGUGUCGACUUCAAGCCGACUGAGAACCAUCUGCGGGACCGUCAGUUUACCUGGCAACCUCGCCGUAGCCUUAACCAUCUUCUGGAGCAACUCAACCCCACCCACCUUAAGAGAUGUACCUUCCCAAGGGUUUGUCUCGGCUAAAACCUUGUGUAGCCAAGCCUUGGCCGCUGGGCCCGCUGCUACAAAUACAAAGACUCCCCCCCUGCAGAAAUGGCGAUUGCAGGUAACUCUUAUGCAUCACAGUCAGAUGGUCAGUCCUCUGAGCGACCGUCAGUCCAACCCCCGACGACUCCCUGAGAGGAGGAAUUCACCCUGGAGUGUACGACCAGCAGUUGGAGAACUGGGUUCCAAUCAAUCAAUAAAACUAGAACUGAUGGCAUUUCUACGCGAUGCAGGAAAACACUCUGAUCGUCUUUUGAUCAAAAUUACAAACUCUAGAACAAUUUUUAUCACUUUAAUUGCAAAUGGGAUUGGAUCUUGCAUCGUUUCAAAACCAAACCUUUUUCCUACUUUUGAUAUGGGACUUCUGUUCAGUCAUCAAGAUAUAUGCCUGCCCAUAACUUUGAUAAACGAAGGUAAUCGGCAUCACCAAUUAUUAUUUGCAAAUAUAAUGGACGUUCGUCCGUUAAUGAAAAACCAUCCACAAAUUCAAGCCUCUGAUAGGUUUCAAGUGGAACCAAAUCUAAUUGAAUUACCUCCAGGUGCUACUACUACCGUUUUUUGUAAAAUUCAUUGGAAUAAGAACGAAACUGUGACGGAGGAGUGGUACCUUCAUGUAUUUAUUCAAGGGACAGGAAAACGAGAAUUACAGAGCACCAGUCUCUUCAGAGCUUCAUUUACAGAACCUCAUAUUUCAUUUAAUAAAACAGAGCUUCAAUUUCGAGUCGAUGUUGAUACAAGUGGUGAAAAGUUACAAGACACUGAUGAGUUUUACGUAAUUAAUGAAUCGGGAUUGGAUUUGAACACCCACCUCACUCUGGAUCCUCCAUUCCACUUAAUUACUGAAUCCAAUGAAACAGUAAACAAAAUGGAUAUUAUUCUACAAAAAAAUGUCCAAAUUCCAAUUCAAGUCUACUUUGCUUUUAAUCUCGAAGAAAAGUAUAAGUCAAGAAUAAUAAAACGAACUUUGAAAUUAGAAUAUGAGGAGCAUCCCAAUAAGGACAGACUCAAGUGCAAAGCGGAAGUGAAUUUUCCAACCAUUAUCCCUAUACCAAGAGAGCUCUACUUUAGCUGCGAACUGGGAUCCAGUGAUAGUCGUAAAUUGGCUCUUUUAAACGAAAUGCCAAUACCUGUGUCUUACAGAUUCGAGUGGCUUCAGGACAGCAUUUCCAUUAAUCUUUUGGAAACAAAAUCUACCGAAUCACAUGAAGAAAGAAAAGAUAACAGAGAAUGUUUAAGGAAUUUAGAGCCACCCUUGAAUACACCCGAAAUAAAUGAACCAAAUGACAUAAGCCAAACUAAAAAAGAAGACGCAAUAGGGGCAAAAAAUAAAAUUUUGGAUGAUGAAUUUUCCACUUCAGCAGACGAAGUAAGAGGAUUUUUAAUGAGGAUGAUCGAUUCGCAUCUUUUAGAAGAACCAGAAUUGAAAGCACUGCAAAGUCUUAACACCGAGCCACCCAAAAUCGAGUUUAUAAACAAAUUCAUAGAAAUAUCACCUCAAGAAGGGAUGUUAUUACCCUAUACGACUCAAUAUACAAAUUUGGCUUUUCAUGGACUCGAGCCACUAAAAAUUGAAGCCAAAAUAUUGUGUGAAAUUGUGCUUGGUUCUCCGGAAAUUAUACAAAUCAGCGCAGUUGCAGACAAACUUCGCUUCAAUGUUACAAAAAAUUAUAUUGAUCUUGGCCAUCAGAUUUUUUGUGAAAAAUGUCAAGCAAGUUUUCAUUUAGAAAGCCAGUGUUUUAUUCCUUUCAGUUUCCGGAUACAAGAAGGAACAUUCUCGAAAAAUUUAAAAGUGGAACCGAAUAACGGAAAAGUAGAACCUAUGUCCAACGUAUUAUUUCAGAUAACUUACCAGCCAGACACUAUUGGUCCAUUCGAAAAAGAAGUCCAAAUUGCGAUAGAACUUGCUCCACCAUUUCCUGUGCAUCUCAGAGGUUUUUCUGUGAUUCCUCAAGUUUACUUUUGUCUUCCCAAAACUGAUAGUUUCAAAAAUUAUCCUUUUGAGUUCGGAUACUACGCAAUUCAAUCGUUGGAGGGCAACUACAUGAAAGCAGACCUUCCUCAAAAUGAAUCCUAUGAAGAAAAAAGCUGCUGUAUAUCAGUUACAGAAGCAGAUUUAAAAAAACCUACAGACGAAGAUUGGGAAAUAAUUGAUAUCGAAGAUGCUAUACCUAGCGCGAACGAUAUUGAUAUGGCUUUUGAAAGGCUUCUGGCUAAAAAAUUUAUGAAAGAAAAUUCAUACGCUCUUGAGACGCAUAGAUCCGAACACAGAAAGGGAGGGAUAUCCGGUCUUUUCACACCCGAGUACCUUAUUGACAUGGGAUAUCUAGUCGUGCAAAAAAAAGUUCAAAGGUCUGCUACUUUGAUCAAUUUUGGUCCUGGAAAGGUUGAAGUUAGAUUAAAGAAAUCUGAAAAGAAAGGAGACUUCACUAAAUUAGGCAUAUAUGUAGAAUUUAACGACAGGAGAAAUCUAUUCGUUGGCGAAAGCACUAUUUUGCAAGUAACUUGUCAUCCGAAGCAAGAACGGUAUAAAGAACGAGUUACUGACAUUCAGCAUGUAAUAUAUAUUCAGGUUACACACGGAUUUACGAUCCCUGUAAUCAUCAAGGCUAUCAUCACAUAUCCUUUUUUAUCAGUUAACACUCAACAUUUAGAUUUUUGCAACGUUAUUGUUGGACAGUGCCAUCAAAUGCGACUUCUAAUAAGAAAUGAAGGACAUGUGGAAUGCCAGUGGGAGGCUCAGCUAAUCUCCAAUCGCAAGAAACGUGAUGAAGGACCAUUUUAUGUUCAGUAUACGAGCGAUAUAUUUUUUCCUGGAAAUUCAGGUGUUAUUGACGUUUACUUCAAGCCUCGCAAAUCGACACUGCUUUCUAUUCAAGAAGAAGGAAAACAAUCAUCUCCUGUUACUUCAAGGACUGCAAAAUCAGGUGCGAAGCGUUCAGAGAGAGGCACUUCAGUAGGACCUUCAAUACAAAAUGUAGCAACUAACACAGAAGCUAUCUCUGAACUUGAAAAAAUACCAUCCGGAAGUGAGCUAAACACAAUGGAUGUUUAUAGUUGCUACGAGUGUAAAAUUCAAUCGAUCUUAUUAAUCGAGAAAAUACUCUCUUUGUUGAGUUCUAUUAGUCCAAGAAAGGACAAGUCUAGUGCAAGAAGUAGUGCAAAAAAAAAGUUUGACGAUACUUUUCUUGGUUUUGAAUACGAUACAUUGAAAACUGUACUAAAAUUCAGACUAUCGAUGCCAGAUUUUAAAAAUGGUUUUGUUCUUCAGACCUUGGAUAACAACUUUCUGAAAAAUAAUGUCACUAUGCUUCAUUUUUUACUCGAAAUUGUAGAUCAUAUUGAAUUCUCUAUGUUUGUCACUUUUCAUAAUUCCAUCGCGGCAUAUAAAGAUCGAAUGGAUCGGCUUUCUCGAAAAGAGGAAGAAAAAGCCGCUAAAGUGGUUCAAGCGAAAUUUGAAAAAUUGGAGAGAAUGUCCCAAACUGAAAUUGAGUCAUUAAGUGAAGAUGAAAAGAGAUUAUACAUUAACAUGAUUUUAUCGAGAAGAAAUCAUGAAGCAACUUCGAGAAGAAGAGAAUACGAGGAUACGAUUUUGAAAAUCAAGGAGAGAAAAUCGCUUUCACAGAAGCUACUUCAUCCCUCUCUUGAGAAACCAAUGAAAAGUAAAACAAAACUAAAUAAGAAAAAUAAAACUGCUACGAUUGAUUCCACAAAUGAUAAACCUGAUGCUGCAAAGCCUGUUUCAGCAAGAAAAGGAACUGAGUCUCAACCAAGUAGCAAAAGUAGUCCUGGAAUGAGAAGCCCAGAGAAGCAAAAAGAAUGGCAAGAUAUUAAUGCAGCCAUAGAUCAGUACUUGUUUGAUCUUGCUGCGAUUUUAAAUUUAAUUCAGGAUUGGGAUCCGGAAAUGUCUAACAAACGCCCAGCUAAAGGGAAGGACAAACCUCAAGCUAUGUAUCGAGAAGUGUGCAGUGCAUGUCCAAGUUCCUUAAAGCAAUAUGUGCCAGAAAAUAUGGCAAUGACAACUCUCUCAGUCAAGGAGGAAAGUACAAUGUACAACAUGUCAGAACAUCAACUUCGACAAAAUGAUUACCAAAAGAAAGAAAAAUUGAAAAUUCCAACAAAUUCAAUUGGUUUAGUUCAUUCAGCAAUGUCUGAGAGGUCAGACAGCAUUGGAUCGAAUAUUUCCCUUACCCCUACUAUAAUCGAAGAACCUUUAAAACCGACUUGGAUUUUACAACCCUACGAAUGUCAGACCUACAUAGUUCGAUUUUUUCCCGAUCGAAUUGGUCAUUAUAGGGAGGAUUUUUCCUUAAGUAUUGUCGAUAGUAUUGAUAAAACUUACAACGUUAAAGUUGAAGGAAUUUCAGAUAUUCCUAGGAUUAAUAUGGAUGCUUCAGUCAUAUUUAGUAGUGUUAAACAUACAAAAAUUGAUGAAACGAAUGAUCCUACUUAUUUUCUUGACACAAGCACCUUCGACUUCGGCUCACUACUGAUAAAUCGGAAAGAUAAAGGAAAACAACAUCGUAAAAAUGUACAGUUUAAAUUUAACAACAUUUCUCUUAUACCGGCCCAACUUUCGUUUUCUCUGAAAGGAGAUAACACCAAUGCAUUCAGUAUUCAGUCCGAGCAACCUGUUUAUAUAAAGCCUGAAGAGACUUGCAUUGUCGAAUUGUCGGCAGGUGCCUCGAAACUUGGAACUAAUUCUGCUCGAUUAAUACUAAACAUAAGUGAAAAUCCAGAAGUGCAUUCUAUAGAGCUUCGAUGCAAUGGUACAAAAGUGGACGUUGAAUUGGAAGACAAUAAUAUAAAUUUCGAUAGAGUUUUACUCUACAGAGAAGAGAAGCAGACUGUAAGGAUUCACAAUAAAUCUACGAUUUCAAUUUUUUGGGUUUUGAAAACGAUUGAAGACCUGAAUUCCCAAAUUGCCUUUUCAACUAGUCGCGGUUCAAUCAAACCAAAAGAGUCUGGAACCGUUGAUGUUACAUUGCAUGCAUCAAAGGUGGGCCUCUUAGAAGAAAAUACUUUGAAUUUUGAAGUAUUUUUGAGGCAAGAUGAUUCAGAGCCACUUCUGACAGAAGUUAUCACAGUGACUGCUGAAAUUUACGACGUUUCUGUUGAUGUAAAUUAUGCAAAUCCUAUCGACCUGAAAAGUGUUAAAGUCGAUUCGAUGACAAAUGAAAAGUUUACUAUAAAAAAUAGGGGUCCUUAUGAAAUUAAAUAUGCAGUUCAACUUGAACCUGAUGAGGUAUUAAGCAAAAUAGAUUCUAAUUUAUCGAAAGGUAAAGCUGGAUACUUCGAUAUUAGUCCAGAUGCAGAUUCCAUUUUACCUGAAAAAACGGUUACAGUCAAUGUUUUGUUUAAGCCACGUAAGGAAAUUGUUUUAAAAAAUGCCCCGAUACUUAAGUGUUAUUUAUUUGACACUUUUAGAAAAAGUUCAAUGGUUGCAGAAGUUCCAUUGACGGUAUCUGUUGUCGCUUAUUAUACAAGAUUUCGUCUUCAUCCAUUCCCAGAAUUGAAUUUUGGAACAGUUGGAAUUCACAAGCGAAAAAUAAUGUACCUGAAUGUCGAAAAUACCGGGAAAUUCACGCUUCAUUUUACAGUUUCAUCACCAGGGCUAAAAUCUCCAUUGCACUCCACGAAGGGAAAGAAAAAAGAUUUCGACCUCAUAUCAAAAAGGGAUAAGAAAUCGCCAAGACAUGAAAGACCAAAAUUGAACAACGAACCUUCAAUGAAAAUUGGAUCUUUUGUAAUAACAAAGAUAGACGGUGAAAUUAAAGCAGGACAAAUUGAAACCCUUCAAAUAAUUUGCAGUCCAGAAAGUGAAGGUGAAAAAGUCGAGGAAAUUAACAUUUUUGUAGCAGAUUGUGUUCCCAAUGACAAAAAUGGAAAAACAAUUAAGCUAUUGGCAAAUUGUUGUAUGCCGCAAAUCGAUUUUCAUGAUUUAGAUACUAUAUUUCAUGAAAAUAAUGUGGUCCAUUCCCUUCAGGAUUUCAAAUGCCCGAAAGAGCUGGGAGCACAUACAGUUUUUACACGUCGAGAGAAAUGUCUUUAUUUCUGCCGUAUUCCAGUUUUGAGUACUCAUACCACUUGUUUUAAAUUGUGCAAUAAAAGUGAAGUUCAAUCUGACGUGAUGAUAUUUUUACGUCCUGAAAUGCUGACUCAAAACUCAAAUAUCGAUGCUUUUACUGUGAAUCCUACAAGAGAUUGCAUCCCACCGAUGAGCAACAGGAUUUUCACUAUAUCUUUCACCCCGAAUUUAAUCGAAACAUAUUCAGCAGUAUUGGAAGCGGAGAUUGAGUUGCCGUCGCAUUUGAAAACCGAUCGACUUUCUGUAAGACUGCUGGGGGAAGCUUGCGUACCGGAAGUAAUCCUCAUCGAGCCUUCGGCAAGGACGAAGCGAGAUCACAUUAUCCUGAGUUUUAAUCGCAUAUUGGUGGGUGAAACUGGCGUCAGAAAAUUAGCUUUUCAGAAUAUCGGCAUUCUUCAAGCAAAAGUUAUUGUAGAAGUCUGCGACGAUCCAAAUUUCCUUUUUUCUUUGGAACCUUUCAAUGACUCUACAAGUUUGGCUCACAUGUUCGAUUCUGUUGGUGACGAAUCGAAUGAUCGUUACAUCGUUUGUACUUUAACACCUGACGAAGUUGCUAAUUUUCGAGUAAAAUUUCAACCCAGUGAAGUAGGAAGAUUUGAGUCCUCUAUUAAAAUCGCCGUAAUGGGCAAUCUUUAUGAAAAUAUAACAUUAACACUCGAUGGUGAAAGUAUCAUUGAAGCAAUUGUCUUGGAUGGUUUGGAAUUUGCAGAUGCAAAUUCUAAAAUUCGAAGCAAAACGAAUAUCUCAGAUACGACUCGAAGAAAUCGAAAAGCAUCAUCCAAAAAUAUAUCUGCACGAUCAUCCCUAAAAAUGUCAACAUCUACUUUUGCUACUUUAAUGUAUAAGCUGGAUUACGGUUCAUGCUUUCUAAACAGAAUGAGUAAAAUUAGCUUUAAAGUUGUAAACAAAACUGAAGAUCGAUGUUUCCGGUUUGAAUGGUCACAACACCCCAACGUGGUUUUGACCCCUACUAUUGGACACGUAGGUCCAUGUAGAAGCAAAGAAAUCGUAGCCACAUUUCUCGCUGUAGAAACGACUAGUCUUUUUCACACACUUUUGGAUUGCAUGAUUCAAGAAAUUGUAUAUUCAGAUCUGCAAAAUCUAAUGUCUUGGGAUGAUAGACAAACGAAUAUUAAUUGGAAUAAGAGACCUUACGAUUUUAAUUCAGGGACACCUGAAAAAGUUGUUAAAAAAAUUAUUGAACCAAUGGCUGAACCAAUUCAUGAGGUUGUUUCUGGAUCAACACGGUACAUACAACUUCUAAUUUCAGCAAAUGCUGCAUAUUCUGAAUAUGAAUGUAAAAUUCAGCAUAUUAGUUUCAAAGACACCUUGAUGUUCCAAAGUACAGAUUUCAAAUUUCUGUUAACCAAUCCUGCGAGUGUGAAUCUCGAAUAUGAAUGGAAGUUGACAGUGGAUGAUGAAUAUCCUAUUCGUCUGGGUGAAUCAGCAUUGCGAUCAAUCUGCAAACAGCGAAUCAAGCCCAAGACCCAAUCUAGACCAAGUUCCAGACAAUCAAAUGGAAUUCUCAAUUCUCGCUUUAAAGCAGUCGAUAAUAGAAAUGAUGUCAAUUAUAUUUCUCAGUACAAUGCUUAUGAGAGAGGAAAAUUCUCAAACUCUCGUUCGGAAGAAUACUUACAUCAAAAAUCAGAUUUAUUUAGUAGUACAGCAUGUUUGUCAGACAUAAGUACAGACAGUUGGAUUGAUAGUGAAAAUUGGCCAUUUGAAAUAAAACCAGAAAAUGGAAUUAUUCCACCAGGGCAGUCACUCGAAUUCAAUCUUAAAUUUUCACCUUUAGAUGUUUUUGAUUACAAGGCCUGUCUCAAAUGCAUAAUAGAAAAUCUGAAUCCAAAGUUUUCACCUUUGUGUAUACCAAUCAAAGCUAGAAGUUUGUUACCAUACUGUCAUUUUGAAAUACUUGAAAGUGAUUAUCUUACCAGUGGUAGACGAAAUAAAAAAUUACCAGGACCAAUUGGUUAUGAUAUAGAGGAUCCAAGCGUUUUCGAAAAUACUAAGGUCAUUGAAUUUAAUGUUAUUGGUGUCGGCGAAUGUCAUAUAAAGAAUUUCAAUUUGGUUAACCCAACUAUGGAUGAUUAUAAUUUUUCGUGGAGUGAUCGAACGAAUCACCAAAUGAAAGAUGUACCUAAUUUUCAUUGUAGAACCAUGGAAGGGAUUGUUCAAAGAGGAAAACGAUUAAAUGUCUCAUUUACAUUUCAUGCUGAGGAUGUGGGAACUUUUGAAUCGUUUUGGUUAUUUAAAAUAGACAAAUAUAAAUUGGAAACUCUUUUCCUGAUUGUUGCUCAUGUCAUUGAACCAGAAGCUUACUGUCUCCCUGUACACUUGCAAAUGAAUGCCACAGCAUUAGGUUGGAAAGUCAGUGAUAAAUUAACGAUCGUAAACAGAGAAGAUUUUGAACUUCCUUUCAAAAUUCUGACAGAGUCUCUCUACUCGGAAGGGCGAUUUCAUACUUUGAUCAUUAAGCCAAUGUCCGGAAUCUUAAUACCAAACUCCGAACAAACUUUAAAUGUUGACUAUCAACCUAAAAUGGAUGGGGAAGUCACAUUUUCUGUGCAGUGUCGAGUUGAAAAAAUGAAAAAUCCUAUUACUACAUUUGUAACGACCAAAGCAUACAGUAUUGAACCACAUGUUUUUUAUAAAAAUUCUGAAGAUGAAUUAAUAGAAAUUUAUCAGCAUCGAGAUAACUUUAUUGAUUUCGGAAGACUCCAUUUAAAUAAACCGUCAACUAUCGAAUUUGAGAUUUCGAAUGUUGGAAAAAUAAAAUUUCUCUAUAGAUGGGAUCUGAGUCCACAGAAUUUAAAAACAGAAUAUUAUAAUAUUACUUUAUAUGAAAAAGAAGGACACGUAGAUAGUGAAUCUGAAAUUAUUUGUCACCUUAGUUUGACCGCCUUCGAAAAAGUCAAAAUUAAGGGUCAUCUUCUUAAAUUAGAGAUAAAUAAAGGACCACUCUAUUAUAUAUAUUUAAAAGCAUCUGCACGUAAACCAUCAGUGGAAUUCAGCUUCUCUCAAUUCGACUUUGGACCUAGGUAUAUUCAAGAAACAAUUGCAGCUCCUUAUCAUGUGGAUCUUCAGAUAAAGAAUUUUGAGAAAACUCCUUCGAUAAUCGAGUGCCUAUUUGAAAAUUUGCCUCACAUAUUAGUAGAGUUGGAAAAUAUUUCCCAAGAAAUAGAUGGCAAUUCUUCUGUUACAGUUCGAAUACAUUUCCGACCGAUUGCAUGUAUUCAUUAUCAAGAAUCUUUAAAUUUCUUGAUAAACUCGGCAAGUGAGAAAAAUGUUAUUAUCAGAGGCGAAGGAAUUCCUUAUAAGGUACGUUUAGAAAAUCCUUGUGAAAAAUGCAUAGACCUUGGAAACAUACCAAUAGGCAAAAUAUCAACCAGAAAAAUAAACAUCCUAAAUGAAGGACGUGCUCCUAUAGAGUUGAAAUUUGGUCUAAUAAGGAUCCUUGAAGCUUCUAAGGAACGAAAAAAAAUUGACCCUUUUAAUCCAGAUUUACAAAAAGAACAAAGUGACAAAAGUCAGGAAAUAAUGGCUUUAUCUCAAGCCUUAUCUAUUCAGCCUGAAGAUUCUGUGAUUCUUCAACCUAAGAAAAAACUUAAAUUGGUUUUAAAAUUCAAACCAAACAAGCGUAUAAAACAGUUUUUGGAAAAAAUUGGUGCCCAAAUAGAUUGUACAAUUAUACCAUUCACGAUUCUGAGAGGAAGCGGAGUGGGGGCUGAAUUUCAAUUAAACAGAACUUAUAUAUCAUUUGGUAGUAUAGUGGAAGGAUGUACUCUAGAUUCAAAAUUGAUGCUCUUAAAUACUGGAGAUGUGGGAGCCAGAUUUAAAUGGAACACUUCAAAACUCGGAUCUAAUUUUAACAUAAAGCCAGUGUCUGGAUAUUGCUCCCCUGGAAUGGACGUUCCCUUUGUCGUCAGCUUUCAGCCCAUUCAUCAAACCAAUUUUAUAGAGGGUGAAGCGACCAUUGAAAUUGAGAAAUAUGUAAAUAUGACUAUAACAGUUUGUGGAGGUUGUGGCAAGCUUCCUGAUCCACUCGACACUCUAAACUUUGCCAUUCAAGUUCGCCAAAAGCAAAGCAAGCAAGUUAUCAUCACCAAUGACUCCAGUGAAACUUGGGUUCUGAAGCCAGAAGCAAAUGGAGAUUAUUUUUUCACAGAAGAAGUUUUAAAAAUAAAUCCAAAAAAUACAGGGUUCUGUUCUGUGUCCUACUGUCCUCUCGUUAUGAAUGCAGGAAAAAGUUCUCACAAGGGAAAGUUAAUAGUAAAAUUACCUGGAGGAAGGCCACCGAUUUUAUAUUCCCUCUCGGGGACAAGUUUACCUCCAGAUGUUGUUGCCAAGAUAGUUAGACAGUUCCCUGCUAAAACGAAGUAUACUGAGUCCUUGUCGGUUUAUAAUUGGUUAAAUAGACCACAAAAAUUUGACUGCAAAAUUGAACUAGUCAAAUUGGAAACGUCUUCGAGUAAAAAUGAAAAUUCGAUUUACACUUUUAGUGGAAACACAAAAUUGGAUGUACCACCAAGAGGCAGAAGAGAUUACCGAGCAGUUUUCCAUUGUUAUCAUGAAUCUAAUUUCAAUUUCAAGGUAACAUUUGCAAACUCAGAAGGAGAGUAUCAGUAUUAUGAGCUUCAGUAUAAAGUCAUGAAACCGGAAGUGCUGGAAGUAAUAAAGCUCACGACAAACGUUCGUUCUACGACGUACCACAUUAUCCAAUUAGAAAAUCCUUUGGAUAAUGGAUUCAUAAAAUAUAAUAUUACCUGUCCUCAUCAAGAUAUAACGAUUUAUGAUAAUACAAAAAAAGUUCCAGCUUUAUCAAGCGAAAAAGUCAAAAUCGAAUAUAAUCCUCUCUUGCCAUCUGAAGAAGUAACACGACUAGAAGUGAGUUGCACAGAAUUAGGUAUUUCUUCUUAUGAAUUACGGCUUACAGCAAAAACAGCACCACCUGAAGAAUUAAUUCGUGUAAUAGCCACUUUGGGGAGAUUUUCAAUUUUCCCUGUGACCGUUAGUAAUUUGAGCAGGAAAAACAAUGAAUUUACAGUGAAGUUGGAAAAUCCUUCCUUCACUUGUGCAAAAUCGAUUAUGGUACAAGCUCAGAACAGUGAAAUAUUGGAAGUGAAGUACGAGCCAUGUGAUAUUGAAAAUGUGACAGCAACUUUAAUCAUUUCGUCUAACAACGCUGGGGAAUUUAUAUUUCCAAUUAUUGGCACUUGCUUUCGUCCAAAGCCUCAGGGCCCUUUUUUUGUCAGGACUAAUCAGUCAUGCUCUAUAGAAUUCAAAAAUGUUUUCUUGAAAACAAAAACCUUUGAAUUUUUCUUGGAUUCUCCUUCUGGCUUUUCAAUAAAUACUCUUUCAGAGACGAUUGAAUCAAAAAAGAGUACAAACAUAGUAGUGAAUUUCAAUACAGACAGAAGGGAUAAAAAUGUUCUGGCUGAGAAAAAAUUUCCGAUAACGGGAAAGUUGAUCAUUAGCUCUACUGACACUGCAUUGUCAAAAAUCAGCUGGAUAUAUUAUUUAAUUAGUCCAAGUCAAGCCAAUAGUUAUCAAUCUGGCAAUGGCACAACGAUAGCAGCCAGGUUUGGUCCAAUACUGGUAACCAGUGUUGGGCCGGCAAUGGCAUCCAAACCUUGGCUGCCAAGUGGAGGCCAUAGUUGUCAUUCCGUCACUGGCGAGAUAAUGGCAGCCGAGCAUCGGCAAUAUUUUGGCCGACUAUGA